CUAACUAAUCAAUUCCCAAUUGUCAAUUUACAGCAACCGCGCGGUUCGCAAUAAGUGUUGUGUUUUGCGCGUGUAAUUUUGUGGUUAUAACGUAAAUGUGCGCAUACAAAUAUAAUAUAUACGCGAUUCUGGUUUACCCUAUUUUUUUACCAUUUUUAUUUGCUUUUGUAAAAAAAUAAAUAUUUUUGUACCAAGAUGCCGGAUUUGAAGUACAUUUUGGUCACUGGUGGAGUUAUUAGUGGUGUUGGUAAAGGUGUCAUUGCAAGUUCAUUUGGCACGAUUCUAAAGAGCUGUGGAAUUGAUGUGACUUCAAUUAAAAUUGAUCCAUACAUUAACAUCGACGCAGGAACAUUUUCUCCCUAUGAACAUGGUGAAGUUUACGUACUCGAUGACGGUGGGGAAGUUGAUCUUGAUCUUGGCAACUAUGAGCGCUUUUUAGAUAUAACAUUACAUAGGGAUAAUAAUAUUACAACUGGUAAAAUAUACCAGCAAGUUAUAGAACGUGAGCGACGAGGAGACUAUCUGGGAAAGACUGUGCAAGUAAUACCACACAUAACCGAUGCUAUACAAGAAUGGGUGCAAAGAGUAGCUCAUAUCCCUGUAACACCAGAAAACACACCACCAAAAGUGUGUAUUGUAGAAUUGGGUGGCACCAUCGGAGAUAUAGAAGGGAUGUCAUUUGUAGAAGCAUUUAGACAGUUUCAAUUUCGAGUAAAAAGGGAGAAUUUUUGCUGUGCUCAUGUCUCUUUAAUACCAAUGCCGAGGUCAACUGGUGAACCUAAAACUAAGCCAACACAAUCAUCAGUUCGUGAAUUACGUGGUCUCGGAUUGUCACCUGAUUUGAUUUUAUGUCGCUCUGAAAAACCUAUUAACCAUAAUGUCAAAGAAAAAAUAUCAAACUUCUGCCAUGUUGCACCAGAACAGGUUAUAUGCAUCCAUGACCUUACUUCAGUUUACCACGUCCCACUCCUGAUGGAAGCUCAGGGUGUUGUCCAAUACUUAAACGAAAGACUACAGUUGAAUAUUGCCUUACCAAGACCAUCGAGAUUUAUGCAAAAAUGGCGUAACCUUGCGAAGCGUGUUGAUAAUUUGCGCAAAGAAGUAAACAUCGCUCUUGUUGGAAAGUAUACAAAGUUAGAAGACAGCUAUGCAAGUGUUACUAAAGCAUUGCAACACGCUUCUAUCGCGGCCUGCUGUAAGCUCAACUUAACUUAUAUUGAAGCUGUCAAUUUGGAAAAGCAAACAAAAAUUGAUGAUCCUGUCGUCUACCACAAAGCAUGGCAAGAUCUUUGUAAGAGCGACGGAGUAAUAGUUCCUGGUGGAUUUGGACAGCGAGGUAUUGAAGGCAAGAUAGAAGCAUGCCAAUGGUGCAGAGAGACACAGAAGCCCAUGCUAGGUAUAUGCCUCGGCUUGCAAGCGGCUGUUAUUGAGUUCGCUAGAAACGUGCUGGGAUUAAAAGGUGCUAACAGUACGGAAGUAAACCCGGACUGUGAGGAUAAACUAGUUAUUGACAUGCCGGAACACCAUCCGGGCAACCUCGGCGGCACCAUGAGGUUGGGGAACAGGAAGACUUAUCUGGAACCUAGUGUUGUGUCAAAGUUAUAUAAGAAGGACGUGAUAGAAGAGCGUCACAGACACCGCUACGAAGUUAACCCGGAAUAUAUCGAGCGCCUGCAGGCGGCUGGACUACGGUUCGUGGGGCGCGACUCGACUCGCACGCGCAUGGAGGUGGCGCUGGUAGACACGCACCCCUACUACGUGUCCGUACAGUUCCACCCGGAGUACCUAUCGCGCCCGCUAUCACCGAGCCCACCGUUUUUGGGACUAAUUUUGGCUUCGAUUGGAAAAUUGAAAAACUAUUUAUCUAAAGGAUGUCGUUUGAGCCCCAGAAAUCAAUCAGAUGUCAGUUCAGAUGAAGAUGAAAUAUCAGAAGAAAUAUCAUCACUUACAUUAAUAGAUGAAAAGAAGGUUGUUGAAAAUGGAACAGACAUACUAAAUGGCGUAAAUUAAAUUUGUUAUUUUAGGUAUGAGUUAAGCUGUUUUGUUGUAAAAAAAACUAUUUAAAAAGUAGAAGAAAUAAUUUAGAAUCAGUUACUUAUCAAUUAUAAUAUUAUAAGUAAUGUGACACUUAUUAAAAUUUAAUCCUACAUGCAUAGGAUACGUUAUGCGACACAAGGAUAACUUUGUUUUUUACAGCAAGGAUGUACGUAAUUCCUAUUUUAAAAUAUUGUAGGUAAAAAAACACCAACUGUGUUGUUGUCUAGAUUAAAAAAAAAACUGUUUAAACUAUUGAGGUCACACAAAAAAAAAACAGGUUAUUUUUGAUAACUUUUUGUUAUAUUUCGAUAAUCAAUUAUAAAUAUAAUCAAUUCUCUUUCCCACUUAUUAACGGUUACGAAAUAACCAUGAAUAUCAUAUAUAACAAGAUUUCAUUUUAAUUAAUAAUAUUCUGUUUUCUUUAUAAAAUAAGGUUUGGUUAUCAGUGAUAACAUAAAUUAUAGACAUAAAAAGAAUAAGAGAUACAAAACUUGUAUCCUUUUUAAAUGUUACUUGUAUUUACAUUAAUAAAAGAAAAUAUAUAUUUAAUAUUCCUUUAUAUUAUUCUUAUUUGCAAGUUUAUGUAUGUAUGUUUUAAAUUUCAUAUGGAUUUACCAUUACAAUGGAUUAUUGGGAUUAUAUUGCCUCAACAAGUUUUCUUGAAAGUUAUUUCAAAGUAACUUCUAUAUUUACUUGAAUUUUUAAGUCAUCUUUAAAUGUUAAAUUCGAGUAAUUUUUAUCAACACUUUUAAAACUCGUUGCACAUAGAUAAGAUUUAUAUAUGUAUACUAGAUAUGUGUGUAUAGAACUUUUAAAUCUGUGUGUAUUUUAUCUGUAAGAAAAGCUUUGUUGUGUAACAACAAUGACUGGGAUGAAAGUGUCCUUAUAGUUUGUAGUUUUAUUUUUUGUAAAAAAUAGACACUGCUUUGUUUGUCUGAUCUUUUUAACUAAUAUAUUUUUCAUAUUAAUCCUUCAGUUGAAUAAUCAUUUUUAAUAUUUGUAGUUCUUAUUUUGUAAUGUUAAAGCUAUUCGUUAGGAAUCUCUUAUAAGUUAUUUUUUAAUUCAUUUUUGAAUGAAACUGUGCCAAUUAGUUAAGUAUUUUCAUUUUAAUUAAAAUGACAACCAUUAGCUCAAAAUACUGUUUGAAUGAACUAGACGAACUAGAAAUUGGACGGACCUCAUUAGUGUCUGGAUGUUUCAAAAUUUUCAUAGUGUGAGGCAUUUUUUAAAUCAUAAAUAGAAAAAAAUAUUACGAAGUUAAAAUUGCUCUGUUGUGUUAUCUCUGUUUGCUUUCAUAUAUUUAAAUAUAGAAGUAUGUAUGUAAGUAUAAGUAUGGGUGAGCUUUUCCCAAAUUUCCUAUUACUACAUACUGUAUGUAUGUACUUAUUAAUGUGAAAUAAGAUAUGGGUUAUUACUGUACUCUAGUACUGUACUCUAUAAUGUACUAUAUUGUGUAUAAUUAAUAAUGCUUAAACAAUUAAUGUCAUUCCAAUAUCAAACUAAUACAAAUGCCGGAAAUGGGUGUUUGGUAGAAUUGUAAGGAAAAAUGAUUGUUGUGUAACACAUGUCAUAAUAAACUAUAAUCUAUA